UUUCAAUCCUUUAAGAAAUCUAAAAUCCCAAAUUUGUCCUUCCCCAGAAAGAGAAAAAGAUAGGAAAAGUUUUUUUUUUUUUUUUAAUUUAUAUAAUUUUUAAGAAGAGGGAGCAAUUUUGGGUCUUUGUUGUUUGUCUCUAUAUUUCAUUUUUUUCCUUUCGAAUUUAAGACGGAAGAAAAAGGAAAAAAAGAAAAAAAACUAACUCAAGACGCGAUCUUUUAUUUGAUUCUGGGAGUGUGGUUGAAUCUAGGCCGUUAGAUUUUCCAUUUUUAAGAUUGAUUAUCAGACAGUAAAAAAUACAGGCAGAGAUAAACCAAAAAGAGAGAAGGAGAGAGAAAGAGAGAGAGAGAGAGAAAUGAACGGAGGCGAUGAGGUGGUCGCAGCUCCGCCGGGCCCGCCACAGCUGCUAGAUUGGAAAUUCUCUCAGGUAUUUGGUGAACGAACCGCUGGAGAAGAAGUUCAAGAAGUUGAUAUUAUUUCAGCAAUUGAAUUUGAUAAAACUGGGGAUCAUCUUGCCACUGGUGACCGUGGGGGCCGGGUUGUUCUCUUUGAGAGGACAGAUACAAAGGAUCAUGGUGUAUCCAGAAGGGAUCUCGAGAGAAUGGAUUAUCCAAUUGGUCGGCAUCCUGAGUUUCGUUACAAGACGGAGUUCCAGAGCCACGAACCUGAGUUUGACUAUCUCAAGAGCUUGGAAAUAGAGGAAAAAAUCAACAAAAUCAGAUGGUGCCAAACAGCCAACAGUGCCUUGUUUCUGCUUUCCACCAAUGAUAAAACCAUCAAGUUUUGGAAGGUACAAGAAAAGAAGGUCAAGAAAAUAUCUGACAUGAAUUUGGACCCAUCAAAAGCUGUAGGAAAUGGCAGCAUUGCUAGUUCAAGUAAUUCAAGUAGCCCCAAACCUUUUCUUGCAAAUGGAGGCUCCCCUGACAGAUCCUAUAACAAUUUGAGCGAUGACUUUUCUUUCCCACCAGGAGGCCUUUCAUCGUUGCGUUUACCUGUGGUAGUAACAAGUCAGGAGACCAGCCUAGUGGCUAGAAGUCGACGGGUUUAUGCCCAUGCUCAUGAUUAUCACAUCAAUUCUAUUUCAAAUAACAGUGAUGGUGAAACUUUUAUAUCAGCUGAUGAUUUACGUAUAAAUCUUUGGAACUUGGACAUUAGCAAUCAAAGUUUCAAUAUCGUUGAUGUAAAGCCAGCUAACAUGGAAGAUCUAACUGAGGUUAUCACAUCAGCAGAGUUUCACCCUACCCACUGUAAUAUGCUAGCAUAUAGUAGUUCAAAGGGCUCAAUUCGCCUCAUUGAUUUGCGGCAGUCAGCUUUGUGUGAUUCUCACACCAAAUUGUUUGAAGAACCGGAGGCACCUAGUUCUAGAUCAUUUUUUACAGAGAUAAUUGCCUCAAUCUCAGAUAUUAAAUUUGCGAAGGAUGGGAGAUAUAUACUUAGCCGUGAUUACAUGACUCUUAAGUUGUGGGACAUUAAUAUGGAUUCAGGUCCAGUUGCAACUUUCCAGGUUCAUGAAUAUUUAAGACCUAAGCUGUGUGAUUUGUAUGAAAAUGAUUCAAUAUUUGACAAAUUUGAAUGUUGCCUAAGUGGUGAUGGAUUGCGAGUGGCAACAGGUUCCUACAGCAAUCUAUUCCGUGUAUUUGGUUGUGCAUCUGGAAGCUCGGAGGCAACAACUUUGGAAGCCACCAAAAAUCCAAUGAGGAGACAAGUUCAGACUCCCUCAAGGCCUUCCAGAUCCCUAAGCAGUAUCACACGUGUUGUCAGACGAGGACCAGAAACCCCCGGAGUUGAUGCAAAUGGAAAUUCUUUUGAUUUCACAACAAAGUUGCUGCACCUAGCAUGGCACCCAACUGAAAACUCGAUUGCCUGUGCCGCUGCAAACAGCUUGUACGUGUACUAUGCUUAAAGAUGAUCCAAGAAGCAAUGUAUU